AUGAGCAGCUCUAAUCUUUCACAACAACCACCACCAGAGGAUGAAUGGUUUCUCACUUACCUAAAAUUGCUUCCUCAAUGGAAACCUCUUGCUCUUUCUCACCAGUCAACGAUACCAAUUUCAAUAUCUAGAGUUAAUCAAUUUGAUGCUGCGAGAUUGGACAUUGAAAUGUCAGCCAUGUUAAAGGAACAGUUGGUUAAGGUCUUCUCUCUGAUGAAGCCAGGAAUGUUAUUUCAAUAUGAGCCAGAACUUGAUGCUUUCCUUGAGUUUCUCAUUUGGAGGUUCUCCAUUUGGGUAGAUAAGCCUACUCCAGGAAUUGCUCUCAUGAAUCUGAGGUACAGAGAUGAACGUGCAAUGGAAUCAAUUGGAAAAGUUAGAACAGGUUUGGAAGGACCUGGAUUGACCAUCGCACAGAAAGUUUGGUAUUGCAUUGCCACUGUUGGUGGUCAGUACACCUGGGCUCGCUUACAGUCCUUCUCUGCUUUUCGUAGAUGGGGUGAUUCUGAACAGAGGCCACUGGCACGACGUGCAUGGAUUUUGAUACAGCGUAUUGAGGGACUUUAUAAAGCUGCUUCAUUUGGCAACCUACUAAUAUUUCUUUACACUGGACGAUUUAGAAACCUCAUUGAAAGAUUUUUGCAAGCAAGGCUUGUCUAUGGAAGUCCUAAUAUGAACCGAGCAGUUAGCUUUGAGUACAUGAAUCGCCAACUAGUGUGGAAUGAAUUUUCGGAGAUGUUGCUGCUGCUUCUACCUCUUCUUAACUCUUCAUCCAUUAAAAAAUUUCUUAGCCCGUUUUCAAAGGACAAAUCUUCAAGCUCCAAAGUAGAUGAUGAUACUUGCCCCAUUUGCCAGGCAAUCCCAACUAUUCCAUUUCUUGCUCUUCCCUGUCAGCACAGGUACUGCUACUACUGCCUUAGAACACGAUGUGCUGCAGCUCCAUCAUUCCGCUGUCCCAAAUGUAGCGAGCUAGUGGUUGCUAUGCAGCGCCAUGGUGGUUUAGCUGGUAAUACAAAUCCCAAUCAAUGA